AUGCCCUUCAGCAAGAACAUUGAUGCAGCCUUCUACCUACCUGGCAAUGACUAUGUGCCCAGCUUUCGUGCUGCAAGGGAUUAUUUGGCAAGCCAUGAACCGUUUGCUGACCUCGCGGGCAUCACCCACUAUUUCCCAGAUUCAUCUCUAAACUCAGAAAGCCAUCGCCUCAUCGACAGUCUUUAUGGGCCUGAAAGAGCAGGAAGCACCUCAAACAACGAACCAAACACUUCGGGCGAGCUUCGCAAAACAGACACAGAGAAACUCAGCGGGUGGUCUCCAGUGCCCGACAGAGUGGGACAGCGUUUAGACGCGCAAUUCAGCCUUUGGGACUCCAGUGAGAGUGAAAGCUGCAGCAUUCAUGCAUGUCCAUCCCUUCGCCGCACAUCAACACAAUGGACUACCGAGGGACGUGUAGCACAGUGGACAUCAGCAUCUCGCAGAGAAGAAACCUUCCCCGUUGCAUUACGCAGCAGCUCUGUUUUGGAGGCUGAUGAAACAAGUGUCUUUGGAUCAUUUUCUACUGAAGAUGAUGGAUUCUGUAUUGCCAAUGUUUCCCGGUCAAUAGACAAAUUGAUUAGCGACUUCUUGCAGAGACCCCGAAGAAUCUCGCAUGCAGAGCGCAGCACAACGUUCCUCAGCCCAGGCGAUAGUACGGUUGACAAAAUUCCCCCUAUGAGCCCUCUGAAGACAACUUCCGAGGGCUGGGCUGCAGUAGCAACUGCAGCGGCUUUUGCUGCUGCCUCGAUACAGGAUUCUGAAGGCUCAUCAGUGACAUUACUGGACUCAGCAACGAAGUCGGGAUUGUGCACUGGGUUUAAACUCAAUGCAAGUGAGAUUGAGGCAUUUUUAAGAGCUAAGAUCAGGACAGAAGAAGUUGCUGCGAGGAUUAGGAAAGAAGUUGCAGCGGGACGAGAAUCUACGGGAGACCACAAAGGCAUUCGGCCGCGGCCUCCUUUGGCAGGCAAGAUGCUCGGAAAAUCUCUGGUGCCAGGAACUUUCUUCAGGCCAUCGCAGACCUCUAGCAUGAAAUACUCCACGUCCUUUAAGGAAUGCGUAUCCAAAAGCCGGAGAAUUGCUCGAGGGUCGGACGCAAGGCCCUUCUCAGCUCUUAGGUCAGUCAGCAAUAACAAAGGCAGCGCAAGGCUUCCCGCUAAAACACGAUGCAGCUCCGAUGAGUCUAACACAGAACGGCGAAAGGCAGGUACAGUUGGACCAGCUAGCGACCUUUCUGCACUAGGGAAGAAAUUGCAGCCCGUAACGAUCAAGAGUCGAGGCUGCUCAUCAAAGUUGGAUAUUGGAAGCAACCCAGUAGGAGCUCCAGGGAUGAACACUUCCAUCUCAUCUGCGGUUCUGGCUUCCGCACCGCCCAAAGACGAGGCACGUCACUCGCUGAAGGUCGAAUCAGCCGAUUCAGGGCCCCGUACUGUAACUAUUGAGCCGCAUCUAUGGGACUGCGGCGCAGCUCGCCGCUGUCCCAGCACUCUUUUAACAAGUUAUCAAACACACCCGAUCGCUGAGGAUUCAGGAGGAUCUCUGACAACAAAACGGGCACUUCUUUUCACUGCAUCUAAAGCUACUCCACCGAGGAGUCGAAUGCAAGAGCCGGAAUGCUGCUCUGCUGCACCUACUUCACCUUCUGUAAGUGCUGCAUCUAGACUCCAAGAGGGUCCAGAAGAGUCAAAAUCGUCAGCUAGAUCAACGACUGCAAGUAUAGCGGCACCAAAUGUGGCUUCUGAUUCAGCAGUUCUACCUCCAGCAAGUCCAUCUGCAGCAUGCACAGAGCUGAAGACACCGGAGGAAGCAAUUGGCUUGUUUGUUGGGCUUCGAAGUGGGUCACAUCCUGCUGUUGAUGGCAGGUCAGUGGACGUUCCUGGUGAAGGUCCCUUCAUUGCGACUCCUACUGAGCUACGAGUAACACUCUCACAAAUUGCGGCACUUAGGCAUCUUGCCCGCAUCAUCAGUAAGGCUUUGAGAACUGCAACUAUUAGGCAGCUGCGCAACGGUGCACGUAGGUUCCUGCGGAGGUGUCAAGGAAACCAUAAUAAUGGAGAAACGCCUUUAGUUGACACAAAAUCAAAGGAGGUACCGACACAACUGAAUAGGAUUACUCACUUCCUCCAGCCAAUGCGCAACGAAGCCGGCCCGAAUAAAAAACAGAGUAUCAAUGCUUUGCCUGAGUCUUUGCAAACUAGCGAAAACAACUCUUUGAAACUCGAUAGCACAAAGUUGCAAGAAUGCUCGAGUACAACUGCCGAAAGCACUGGCAGGCCGGUAGGCGCUGUCAGACCUCGAGUUGCCGACGGAGCCAUCACCAGUAAAAUGUCUUCCCAUGAAGGCCUCCUGUCUCCACCUGAAGAGGAGGCUGAGACCUGCACAGACCAUAUUUUGCCAUUUUGCGAGGUAAGAAAUACUGCAAGCUCUAUUCACAAUUCAGCAGUCCGCCAUGGUGAGCCUCAGGACGUUCAAAAUUUUGGGGUCUCUCCACGAAGCUCAGCUCAUGUGGAAGGCCUCGACGGUGCUAUUGAAAUAGCCGCUCACCAGGCUAAUCUAACUUGCUCACGGGCUCCUAGUCCGAUAGCGUGGACAGACUUCAGUGCGGCGCUCGUCGCAGCGGACGGAGUGCUAACCACAGCGGAUGCUACUGCAGCAGAAGCUGCAGGACUAUCUGCUGGAACGGUAGACGUGCAAGACGAGCGUAAGGACGCUUGUCAGCCCAUGCGCUUAACAGAGCAACAAGCAGACAGCAAACAGGGGCCCAUGCUGUCCGGAUACAAAAGCCCUCUAGAGCACCACUAUGAAGAUAGGAUCUCUGAAAGUGAACAAGCGCCGGUGUGCAAUCUGUCCCCUUCUGCCGUGGGUGGAGAGGAAAGUGCUUCCACUAGCAGAGGUCCAUUUGAGACUUUACAAAGGGGCGCGAGUAUUGGAGGGGUGAAACUGGAGCCAAAGAAACGCUGCGAGCCCGUAUCGCACGAGCAAGGAGGCCACCGGGAACCGCCGCAAGGAGGCUCUGAGGAAAAAGGGGAGGACGGCGAGAGCACUACUCAGAUAGCGCGUUCAUUGACAGACUCGUAUAGCGAAAUAAGCCUUUGCUGCUCAGUUGUGCCACAGUCGAAGAUGGCCACAGGUUCUGAAGUCUGGGAAAACACAAUUCGAGGUGCUGGUAGAAAUCGAAAUACUUCGGCGCCCGAUGAUAUCUCAACAGCGCGCGAAAAUGCUUUGAUGCCAGCAAGUAUUCUAACGUGUAAAGUAGGAGAUGGCGCAGAGUUCGCAGUAAAAUCACCAGAGAAUUCCCAACAACGACUGUACUAUGAGUCGCGCACAUUUCCAAAUCGGCAUAUAUACCAUAACCAAUCCCUCCUAUGGAUAUCACAGAGCACUAAUUCGUGCUGCUCCCAGGGGACAAGGGUCGAGUCAUCAAUAAGGCGCAGCAGCCCUGAUAUACAAGAGAAUGUUUCAGUCAGCUGUGGAGAAUGCCUACCACUAGGCAAACGUAUGGAAUUCGAAGGAGGUGAUUCUGAAGCAGUUGCACGUUUUGCCAUGGAUUCAAUAGGGAUGUUACAGCCCCUGAAAAAUUCUGAAAAUGUUCAGCAAGAACAACAGGGACUGCAGAGAAACAAUUGUUUCAAGAACUAUCUCCAGCAUGAGUUGGAACACCUGAGACAGCAGCUUAGUGCUCAAAGAGAAUUGAUGAGCCGCCUAAUUAUUCAGAAUGAUUGCGGCACAUGCAAAGCUCAGUUGUUCUCCGCUUCACGCCAGCAAAUCUCAAGCACGCGUCGCUUGAAGGAAGUCCGCAGUCUGCAAAUGAUGGAGGAGGAAGUCCCCAUGCGCGGAAAGGGGGGAAGUUCGUUGCAUUCACCACUCCAAUACUGCCAGCAUACAGAGGUUAAGGUCCACCCGCAAAUGAAAGAAUCCGAACCCAAAGGGGAUAUACUCGCAGAUCACGAUGUUGUAGAAAUGACCGCUGGAAUGCAACAAGGCCCUGACGACACUGCUGUGCCCAGAGCUCACCAACAGCUUCCUCACAGGUCUUCAGAUGCGAGCUCUCAGGAGCAUCAAUACGAGGGACUGGACCACGCGUCUAGCCGUGAAACAGGCGAGGAACAAGAAGUGUCUUGUGCACCUCGCAUUGCCUUGGUGUCACUAAUUAAGCGCGUGGAAGCUCUAAAACAGCGCUUCGCGCAACCUUCUACCAUGAAACUGCCCGUUGGAAAUGACCGAGGCAACGACAAACAGCCGGACGAGCGAGUCGAAGCACGCAGUACACGAGAAAAUCCACUUUACUACAUGAACCCCAAGCAACAGGGAAAGGCUCACAUUCAAUUCCGGAAGCGCAGGCAGAAGCUACAGCACCCCCAGACAAAGUUGUUGCCUGAGCUGUACGUUGUGGGGAAAUCAAUGGCGAGCGGGACUUUGAAGUCUGCAGGGGCUUCAAAAGCGACGCCUACACCAGAUAAUCACCCACAAGCAUUUGCACUACCCAAGAGAACGCGCUUUGCGGCAGAAAAGUGGGGGUGCCAGCGCACUUGGCCUCCACUACCUAUGGGGCAGCGGCGAUUUACUACGCCGACAUUCCCCGUAGAGCAGAAUGAAGUGACUCAUGGGCUGACCUCCGCCGCACGGUCGGAUUUUCAAGGCGAGCGUUUCAGUCCUGGUACGCCACCGCAAAGCGCAAAUUCUUCAUGUUUUCCAAAAGAGGUGAAUAAGAAUGCACUACAGGCUACUAAUCUUCCAACGGAAGCUCGAGGCAUUACUUGUAGGGGACGCCAUACGGAGGGGAAAUUUUUUGCAGAAAGAGGUUGCUCAGGAGCCCUACAUGAGAGGCCUUUUACUCCUCCAAGGAAUAGCCAAGUGCGUGCUGAUGCUAGACAUGACAGCAGUGCCGGCAGCAGCUGGUGUAUGACGUCAGCGCAGAUGAAACUUUGCUGCUGCGGUGCUAGUUCCUGCCAAGUACAAGCACAGGCGACGACACUGACAACUCAGGCUACACUGUUGCAGUUUCGGCCCGUUGUUGCACCUUUGAGUUCAGCUCAUGCGGAUGUAAUGAAAAUGAAGAAGCACAAAGCUUUCUACAGCAAACAGAGGUGUCCGGAGACGUUAAGUGGUGUAGCUGCUUCUCUCUCUGGCAGGGUGCCGAAGGUAAUGCUUACUAAAUCUCGUCUGAUACAACAGCAGGCACCGUCACAAAAUUCCGUGCUUGCCUCUUUGUCGAACGUUGCAUCUGCGGAAAAUGUGGGAUUUCACCUAGAGCAAGCGGUCUCGCUCGUUGAUGCUUUGAAGAAAAGACCACUUGGUAGAGAAGACGACAGCAGCUUGGCUGAUUCACGGACCCCGGAGGACGAAACAUCUGGCCAACAAGUGGAGACCGAAAUACAACAAAUUCAUCAAGGACAGAACAGACCCUGCUGCUACGUUCCGCUAACUUCACAACGCUGUCCUCUGCUCGUCCACUCUGGAUCUACUGGUUCCAACAAGCAACACCAAGGGAAAGCAAUGGAGCAGAAAAACACGAGAGCAGAAGAGCUCCCUUUGGCCGCUGCGUCGCCUGCAUAUUCAUGCCACCAAGCUCAAGAAGGGUCGUCAUGCCAGGAGGUUACGGAGACACCUCAUCAACGAGCUCGCAAGAGACGAGAACGCCAGACCGCGCUUGCUUGCAACGCGACAAACGAGCACUGUGGGAAGGGACCGAGGACCCAAGCAGAGGGGAGAAGCGCGCAGCAGCAACGGCGGCCUACCUCCAUCGGAAGGGCACAGAGUGACGUAGCUACUGCACAUCCUGUUGCUGCAUUCUACCACAUAUUGCUCAAAAAAAGGGCAUUCAAACAACUGCAUAUGGAAGCCACUAGUGUCGCUACGCUGAUACAGCAACAGGAUUCACGGCGAGCCACAGACUUGAUGGCCCGAUGCUUUCAAUCCUGGAGGGUUGCGGUGCUCCGCAAAGCCGUAAUUACCCACGCAGCGGCAAUCGGCAAGAUGCACCAGAGCCAACAUUUCUGCAACGCUCUGGCAACGUACGCAAGCUUUACAUUGGUCCGCAACGUAUUGUCUCACCUGAGGCAGCUGGCUGAGCAAUCAGUUGUUCCAAGGAGGAGGGUCCUUUGUCGGACGGCAUUCCGUGCACUACAAGGCGCUGCUGCACUACACGCUACGGAAGAGGAGCAUGAGGCGGUCGAGAAAUUGCAACGAGCCGCUCUUCGGCGACAUAUACUGGCCUGGUACCACGUGAAAACGCGAACAGCCAUUGACAGGGAAAAGCAAUGCCGCCAGCAGCAACAACACAAGGAAAAGCUCCAACAAGUCAAGAAGCAGCUGUGGGCAAAAGCCCUGAGGCAUAUGGCGGACUAUGAGCGCGCCUGA